AUGGGCUUGCAUGUGACGGCAGAACAAGUGACGACUCAAGCAGCAGCUAAUGUGCUGCUUACAAGUAUCACAGUCUUUUUCCCACUCUUUCUGGUGCUGAUUCUAUUGUAUGAAAUGUUGCGGCCUCGUGUACCGCACGUAUACUCACCUGAAAACCAUGUGAACUUCCCCGAGUCCAAGCAGCACAAGUUUUUGAGCUGGGUGCCUUUUGUAUGGUGCAUCAAUGAAGCUGAAGUAGCUAAAAAAUGUGGUCUGGAUGCAUGGGUGCUACUGCGUUUUAUGAAGAUGGGGCGCAAGGUGGCGCUGCUGUGCGUCUUGUGCUCACUCGCUCUCUUUCCAAUGUAUUUUUUCACGGCAGCCGUGUUUGAGGUCCAGAAACGACAUGAAUUGCUACCUGAUGGAGUGGAACCAGCUAAUGUUACAAUUGCUACUAUCACGUCCAUGAUGAUGAUCAUGCUCGAUGAGGAACUACAAUUCGAGAACAAUACAGCCAAUAUCCUGUCCUCAGACGGAAAGGUGAAGCUGGAUGUCAUUGAUAGACUUACGAUCGCUAAUGUCGGUAGAGAUGACUGGAGACUCUACUUUACGGUGUUGGUUUCAUAUAUGAUCAGCAUCUACGUGAUGCGACUGCUACUAAAUGAGUACACGGUAUACCGCAAGCGCCGCCACGAGUUUUUAAAGCGAAAGCACCCGCAGCAAUAUAGUGUCGUUAUUUCGGACCUUCCCGAGUCUCAACGUCGCCCGCAGACGUUACAGGCGUAUUUAGAGUACCUGUUCCCAAACUCAGUGCACUCGGUCUACAUUGGUGUCGAGUGCGCGAAACUGGAGGAACUGCUAGGUAAACGGCAGGAACUUGUGUACCACCUGUAUGCAGCAAGCCUAAAGCUAGCGGAGGCAAAGAACAAGGUUGGUGAUCAUGAUGUGAUAAAGCGACCAAAAGAAUGGAUUGACCGUCGAUUCUUCGGUCUCUGUGGUGGUAAGCAAGUCGAUGCCGUCGACCACCACACCAAGAAAUUGCAAAAGCUUGAAGCCGAAAUUGCUCUUGUCCGAGACGAGAUCCUUCAGCGUCAGUCGAGAGAAAAAGCCCAAGAAAUCUACAGCAAAAAUCAGUACAACUCCAUAAAUGGAGCGCCAUUAGGAUUUUCUACUUUGACCGAGCUCGCGGAGAAGCUACGUAAGACGAAGAGCUCGACGGAGGAUCGGCGGUGGGGCAAAGAAACGUUGCCGUUGCUGCAUGUUGGUGCGUCGGUGCACAAACAACUUAAGCACCCAAACGUGAUGCGUAGCUGCGCAUUCGUAAGCUUUCGUAAUAUCCGCUCUGCACAAGCAGCGCAACAGCUACUUCAGGUGGAGAACCCGCGUCGCAUGAUUGUCCUCCCCGCGCCCAACAUCCGUGAUGUGCAGUGGAAAAACUUUGGUCUGCCGCAAAAACUCAAAGCUAAGUGGAAGCUUAUCUCAAUGGGGGUUUCGCUCUUGAUUGGAUGUUUCUGGACAGUGCCAACGGCUUUCGUCGCUUCGAUGGCUACUGUUGACGAGCUCCGCCACUUGUUUCCAUGGCUCGGUGGUUUUAUGGAAAAGAACCCGUGGCUUCUGAUUGUUUUGCAACAAACUGCACCGCUGGUAUAUUCAGCAAUGAAUGGUCUUGCAAACGUAAUUUUCAAGCUGCUCUCUACCCAAGAGGGUCAUUUGUCGAUCUCGGAGGUGGAAGCUAGUCGAUUUACCAAGCUUUGCUUUUUUCAAGCAUUCCAAAUGUUUUUCGUGUCGGCACUAGCCGGAUCCAUUAUCACAGAGUUUAUGCUAUUCUUGGACCAGCCGCGCAUGUUUUUCUUCUUCUUGGGCAACACAAUUGCGAACCAGUCCAUGAUGUUCAUUACCUUUAUCAUCACGCAAAUCUGUGUAGACAUGUCCCUAUUCUUGCUGCGUGUAUCACCGCUGGCGAAGUCUGCUGCUUACCAUUUCCUCGCUCCGAUGCAUGCAAAGUUGCCGCAGCCUCGAGACUGGAUGGGUCUUUGCCCCGUCAACUUCCAAACUGACCUCGAUACUCCGAUGAAUCUGGCUCAGCAGUAUCUCGUGUUCUUACUCGUCGUGGUGUUUACUCCCAUUGCGCCACUUGUGGGUUACUUUGGCGCGAUGUUCUUCGUGGUAUCUGAGCUUUCCUACAAGCGAUGUUUUUUCUUCAUCAAUAGCUCGCGCUGGGCAGCAACGAAUUCUAUGGGAGUUUUUUGGCCACCUCUUUACUCGUUCGUGAUCGGGGCGCUUCUCAUUGGCCAGUGCACUCUAAUUGGACUGCUAUCGCUAAAGUCAGCUGGGUACGGACCUAUUGGGCUCAUGAGUGUGCUACCUCUCAGUACACUUAUCUUCCAUUGGUAUGCAGUUGAUCUCUCUCAUCUGAAACGUGCUGCUGAAAAUCUGCCGCUUGAUCAGUGCUGUGACAUCGAUGAGGAGCGAAAAGAUGAUUCAUUUGACUUCCUGGAUGGUGUCUACCAGCAGCCAGCUAUGAUUGAAUCAUUUCACCCGGCGUCGAUCUUAGCUCGCGACCCUGAAAGUGGCGCGAGUGCUUUAAUUGAUUCGUCCAACGAACAGGCAGACGCACCAGAACCUCAUGUAGAACCGCUAAACAAGCCUGCCAAGCCUCUUCACCAGCAGACCCGUUUGGCUGAGCUUAACAAGGAUAUAAAAGACGAGAUCAAAAGAAACGAAUGA